UUAUUCAUUAUCAACACUGACACAAUGUCGAAAAGACACCGUCUUGAUGUUGGUGAUUCUGGUUCAAAAAAACGCUCAAGUGACCGCGACAGGUAUGAUGAUUAUGACAGAGAUAAAGACAGAGACCGUGAUCGUGACAAAUUCAAUGAUCGCCACCGAGACAGAAGCAAAAAUUUACAGAGUAUACAGUUACCAAAACAGACGAUGGCUUUGAAUCCACAUACUGGAUUCCCAUACACACCAAGGUAUAAUGAGCUGUUGAAGAAAAGACAAACACUACCAGUUUGGGAAUAUAAAACAAAAUUUUUGGAAACUUUAAAAAGAAGUCAGACAACAGUGCUUGUUGGUGAAACCGGGUCUGGUAAAACUACACAGAAUUACUUUGAUAAUGCACCGUUGAUGAGUGUGCCAGGUCGUACCCAUCCUGUAGAGAUAUUUUACACUCCUGAACCUGAAAGAGACUAUUUAGAGGCAGCUAUUCGUACUGUAAUUCAGAUACACAUGUGUGAAGAGGUAGAAGGUGAUGUUCUUUUGUUUCUUACUGGUCAAGAGGAAAUUGAAGAAGCCUGUAAACGAAUUAAGCGAGAAGUUGACAAUCUAGGCCCAGAAGUUGGUGACAUGAAAUGCAUUCCGUUGUACUCUACAUUGCCCCCCUCUCAACAACAGAGGAUAUUUGAACCAGCCCCACCAAAGAAAGCUAAUGGAGCUAUUGGUAGAAAAAUUGUGGUAUCCACGAACAUUGCCGAGACCUCCUUGACUAUUGAUGGGGUUGUAUUUGUUAUUGAUCCAGGUUUUGCUAAGCAGAAGGUAUACAAUCCUCGUAUUCGUGUAGAAUCAUUGCUUGUGUCUGCCAUCAGUAAAGCUAGUGCACAGCAAAGGGCUGGUCGAGCUGGCCGUACACGGCCAGGAAAAUGCUUCAGACUGUACACUGAGAAGGCUUACAAGACAGAAAUGCAACCAAACACGUACCCUGAAAUCCUAAGAUCUAACCUUGGUACAGUGGUGUUGCAACUCAAGAAACUUGGCAUUGAUGAUUUGGUUCAUUUUGACUUCAUGGAUCCUCCUGCUCCUGAGACUUUAAUGCGUGCACUAGAAUUAUUAAAUUAUCUUAGUGCUUUAGAUGACGAUGGUGAAUUGACAGAAUUGGGAUCCAUGAUGGCAGAGUUUCCACUAGAUCCACAGUUGGCCAAAAUGGUGAUCGCCAGCUGUGAAUACAAUUGUUCCAAUGAGAUCCUGUCUGUCACUGCGAUGUUAUCAGUUCCACAGUGUUUCAUGCGGCCUAAUGAAGCUAAGAAGGCAGCUGAUGAAGCUAAGAUGAGAUUUGCACACAUUGAUGGUGACCACCUGACGUUACUGAAUGUCUACCAUGCCUUCAAACAGAACAAUGAAGAUGCCCAAUGGUGCUAUGACAACUUUGUGCAGUAUCGAUCUCUGAAGUCAGCCGACAAUGUGAGGCAGCAAUUAGCACGUAUCAUGGAUAGAUUCAAUUUGAAGAGAACUAGUACAGAAUUCACCAGUAAAGAUUAUUAUUUGAACAUAAGGAAAGCUUUGGUAUCUGGAUUCUUUAUGCAGGUUGCUCAUCUAGAGCGCACAGGGCAUUACUUAACAGUGAAAGAUAACCAAAUAGUACAACUUCAUCCAUCUACAUGUCUAGAUCAUAAACCAGAAUGGGUGCUUUACAACGAGUUUGUACUGACCACUAAGAAUUAUAUCCGCACAGUAACUGAUGUCAAGCCAGAUUGGCUUUUGAAACUUGCAGCACAAUAUUAUGAACUGACUAAUUUCCCUGAAUGUGAAGCUAAAAGAGUCCUUGGCAGAAUAGUGGCUAAACUACAAUCUAGGGAAUAUUCAAAUUAUUAAUAUCAACAAUAGAAAGUCUGUUCAAGAAACUCAAUUUCACUUGAAUUGUUUUUAAAUCCAUACCAACUAUAUUCUGCUAUCAGCAACUGUGUGAAAUGGUUAAGGCUUCACUAAACUGGAACCACCAUCAGUGUUGUAUCGUUUCUUGUACAAUACAAGUCGUCUCCCUCUCCUAUACAUAAAAAAAAGUAGACUAAACACACGUUUUCAAGCAAUAGAUAUUACAUAUUAAGUAAUUUUUUAUGUUUAUUAUUUUACUGUCUUCAAAGAAGUCAUCCUUGAAUGUGAAAUACUGCUGCAGCUUUAGCAGAUCAAAAAAUAUCUUUUCUGUAAUAGAAUAAAAUUUUGUUACUAUGCUGAAAAUUGUGCAUUAUAUAAACACAAGUACACAUUAAGUGCAAAGCAAAUUUUCCUAAAUAUUUGUAUCGCAUGUUGACGGCCGUAGAAGCCUGUAAAUGAGAACAUAUGAAGGUAGGUGUGCAUGGAUAGACAGCAAUCUAAUGGUAGUUGUUCUACUUUCACUGCUAUAAGGGAUUUCAUUAUCACAAGUUGUACAUUAUUGCCCAGAUGAGAAUGUAUUAUUUUCCAGUAAACUUGUUGAUGGAAGAUAUUGUCUUAAAUAUCUAUCGUUGAGACUGUUUAUUAAAAUAUACCCUAAAACUGA